AGAAAAUAGGGUGUGCGAGGGAGAGCUGCUGGUAUUUUAAACUGGAUGAGAGAGCAGAGGGCGUGCACCGACUCAGCUAUAUGUCUUUUUGACACACUAAUAUAGAAACAUGGCCAUGAGCAGGAUUGGUAUACAGCUGCAGUUUCUGCUGUACUCUGUGACAGCGUACCUUUCACCGAUCAGUCUCGAGAAUAUUCUCCCGAUUACUGCAGCCCCCGGCCCAUAUAAUGUCUUGAGAAGAUUUGAUCCAUGUUGUCUGCUGGCCCCGCCUCCCCCUCCUUUGUUCUUGCCCCCUCCUAGUGUCUGGAAAAGGGUACCUGUCCUCGCUGGGCCUGUGGAGAGGGUAAGAGGGAGAGAGGAGGAUGAGGAUGAGGAACAGGUGACAGAUCACUGUGCGGCAGGACCGGCGGGACCUCCUGGUCCUGUUGGACCACAGGGUCAUGGUGGCAUCCCAGGGCUACAGGGACCCAUAGGAGAUAAGGGUGACAUAGGACGGCCAGGGUCAAAGGGUCGUACUGGGCGUCUAGGUCUGCCUGGAAAACCAGGUGCUCCGGGUCUGCCUGGCCCAGAAGGAUCUAAGGGAGAGAAAGGAGAACCAGGACUAAUGGGAAUGCCAGGGAUAAGGGGACCAGCCGGAUCUAAAGGUUUGCCAGGAUACAAAGGUGAGAAGGGGGCACGGGGUGAUCGUAGACCUGCAGGUCCAAAAGGAGACAAGGGAGCAAAUGGACUACCUGGGAUUCUGGGACAGAAGGGUGAAAUGGGACCCAAGGGUGAGCUAGGUGUAUCAGGGAAACGUGGCCCUACAGGCCGACCAGGCAAAAGAGGCAAACAGGGGCCUGAAGGAAAGAAAGGUUCUCUGGGGCUCAUAGGACCUAUUGGACCACCUGGGCCCACAGGCCACCCCGGACCUCCGGGGGUACCUGCAUCAGGACUGUUUGUUGUUGGAGAAAAGGGUGAGAAGGGAUUGCAAGGCCCUCCUGGACAAUGUGACUGUAGUUUCACUUCUUUAAACAGCCCACCCAGUGCUCCAUUACAACACCGUAGCAAAUUUGACCGAGUUCCAGCGAUUUUUGUUGUAAGCAGCGAGGAAGACCUUAAAAGUCUCCACGCAGACAAUGCACUCGCCUUCAGGAAAGAUCAGAAGUCUCUUUAUUUUAAAGAUGAAAAUGGAUGGGAGCCCAUUCAGCUGAUGCCACUCCAGGCGACAGAGAGGAUUAUGGGAGAGAAUGGAGUCUGCGGGGAUGGGGAGGUGCAGGAACUCAACGGGGAGGAAUGCGACGAUGGAAACAAGGUUGUUACGGACGACUGCGUGGGCUGUAAAAAGGCGUACUGUGGUGAUGGAUAUCGUAAUGAGGGAGUUGAAGAGUGUGACGGGAAGGAUUUUGGCUACCAGACCUGCAAAUUAUAUCUGCCAAGCACCUUUGGGCAGCUCAGAUGCACGGACUUAUGUUACAUCGACUCCACUGGCUGUAAAUACAGGACCUAAGGCCCACAAAAGUAUAUACAUUCACACAGACAUAUACACACAUAUAUGAGGGAGAGCCUGCUGAGAUCAAAAAGUAUGUAGCAGAUGAUCCAAGAGGAUUUGACUGUUUCUUUCUGGCUCAUGACUCAUGCACACACAAACACACUCACUAUGAGGUACAA